AUGGGCAGAAACUCGCCUUCCCAGAUGAAUGGUGUCAAUGUGAUGAGUGCCACGCCCCAGGAGAAGGACCCCCAGGAUGACGCCCCCAACCUGCUCCAACAGCCCCUUGCCAUGGGAUACUACAUCUCCACUGCCGAGACUGGACCCCUCCCUCGGUGGUUCUGGUCAGCCUGCCCCGACAAUGAACACACGUCCGUCAAGUGCUUUAAGUCUGCCCUUCACGUUCAUUUCUCAACCAACCAGGAUGACUUCAUGCACAGCACGGCACCUGGUAACACCCACCCCCUUGACUCUAACCUCACCUGUGAUGUUUUAAGGUUUGUUCUGGAGAAGUACAACGCCUUGUCAUGGCUCUCAUUUGACUCCGUACGCAAUGAACGCCAGUCCUGCCUGCCUCUUCACUUCUCAGUCCUCAUACAGCUCUACCAUGCGAUUAAUGCUUACAUCUGAGUUCCAGACCCUUGAUGGCCUACAGCUCAUUGAAUUUUCAGUGAAUGCUUUCAUCUGAGAGCAGUUAUGGUGCAAUGAAAGCUCAAAUCUGAGGACGAUAAUGGUUCACUGAAAGCUUAAAUUUCAGGACAGUCACAUUUCAAUUAACAUCUCCAGUGUAAGAAUGUUACUGGUAAAUGAAUGCUUUUAUCUGAGGACAGUUCUGUUUCAAUGACCCUUUCAUCUUAGUGCAGUAACAGUUCAAAUAAUGUUUGCAUAAGGGUUUAAGGAAAGCUCAUAUCUGUGGACAGUUACAAUUCAAAAUAAGCUUGAAUCUGAGCGCAUUAACGGUGCCAUGUAAGCUUAUAUUUGAUGGCAGUUAGGGUUGAAUGUUUACUUGCAAUUUAGAUCAGUCACAAUUCAGCUCCAUCUGAUGGCAGUUACAAGUUGAUGAACACUUGUAUCUGAGAGCAGUUGGGGUUUAAUGAACGCUUGCAUUUGAUGGCAUUUUCCCAUUCAAGAAAAGCUUAAAUCUGAGGGCAAAUACGGUUUAAUUUAGGCUUGCAUCUGAGGGCAGUUAAAUUUCAAGGAAAGCUUUGCAUAAGUACUCUCCCCAUUUCUUAUUGCAAUGAACACAUUCAUUGGAAGGGGCAGGGCAGUUUCCAUACUAAUUUAACAGAUGCUGCUGCAAUGAACCUUGUCUUAUCAUUAAUUUUACACAUAACAAAGUCUCAAUGUUUCUCUUGCUCGUGUUACUUUAAUAAAAAAAAUUACCUCUCAGUGAAGAAAUGCUCUUUUUAUUGCUCUUGAGGAAUUUGUUUAUGCUUUCAGUAUGUUUACAGUAAACUUAAAAAUCUGUUUCAUAUUUUAUUACUUUGGCACAUGUUCAGUGUAUUUUGAUAAGGUGGAAAGAAUUUGCUUCCACUUGCCUCACCAAAAAAUGGUGUUGUAGGGCAGCUUAACUUUUAUUUUUAACCAGGUUUUCCGAAGGAAAAAACUGGUUAUUAGAUUGGCGAAUGCGGGCGGGCGGGCUGGCUGGCUGGCUGGCGGGCGGGCGGAACAAGCUUGUCCGGGCCAUAACUAUGUCGUUCAUUGUCAUAUUUUAAAAUCAUUUGGCACAUUUGUUCACCAUCAUUGGACGGUGUGUCGCGCGAAAUAAUUACGUCGAUAUCUCCAAGGUCAAGGUCACACUUUGAGUUCAAAGGUCAAAAAUGGCAAUACAUGAUCUUGUCUGGACCAUAACUAUGUCAUUCAUUGUGAGAUUUUAAAAUGACUCUGUACAUUAAUUUUGUUCACAGUCAUAGAAUGGCGUGUCAUGUGGAAGAAUUCAAUAGUUCAAAGGUCAAAAUGGCUAUAAAUGAUAAUGGCUUAAUAAUUCUUAAAAAUUGCCAUAAAUUAGAUUCUCUUGUUUUGUGAAGACAGCAUGCAAAAUAGUCUGUGUCAAUGCGGCACGUGGGGGUAUACGUCACGUCUGUGACAAAGCUCUAGUUAUUUUUGGUGCAAUCUGGAAUAUGUUAUUGUUAAAGUGAUAUUAUGAGCAUUUUUCACUGUUGAAUUGAGCUGAAAAGAAUUAACAGGUCAAAAGAGUUAGUUAAAAUGUGGUAAUUGACCAAUUAUCUACAACUCAUCUUGCUACCAGUUGUUUAUAACAAAUAUAUAUUAUAUUCAAUAUUUUACAUAACUGUACAGUCUUCUUAGCAGAAAUGAUCCGUAAAACAAAUUUGUUUCUUUGUGUUGUAUGAACAAAUCUGCACUAAAACUAUAUUUAGAUUCACAUCGUACAUUGAAUCAUGUCGUCAGUUGUCAAAACAAAAGUACGGUUGAUAUUCAGUUGCAUUAUUUUUCUAUGUAUCUGAGGUGUCGAGACCAAAAAUAAACAACUGUUGCGAUAGACACCUAUAAGCAUAGCAUAUACUGUUAGAUGCGCAUAAUAUAACUUUAAAUGUGCAAACAAUUUGCAUACACUGCGAAAAUUGCAAAUGAAUUUUGAAUGUUUUACUCUUUCACAUUUGUACGCAUGCAUCUCUAUGCUGAUUUAUCUAUUUAUGCAAUUAUAAAGCCUUGAUAACACACUAUGUUCCCAGAAAUACUGGCAAAACAAGCAAAAGUGUGUACAUCUAUAAUUUCUAUAUUAUAUUCAUAGAACACACAGUUGUAUAGAUUUAGAACGUUUUUUAUGGCAUAAAACAUGUUUUGUUAAAGGAAUGUUGAACUACAAUUCUUGCAUUUAGAUACUUUUAUCUGAACAAUGUGGUGUUGAACCACAGAUCUGUUCUUUCAAUGGGUAUUUUUUCUGUACAUUACAGUCAGAUAUUGUCACUGGUUGCUGUAUCACAAUUUAACCUGGAAUUGUUAAUAGGUUAACCAUUCGUUCAGAGUGUAUUGCAUAUUGAAAUAUGAGAUGUAAAUAUUAAUUUAGAACUGAAAUCAACUGUUGAGUGUAUUUUAUGAUAAAAGCGAAAAAUAUA